AUGAUAUGGAGCGAAAACAUUGAACUGGCCGUUUUGGGGCCGGUUCCCAAAGGAAACCCGGAGGGUAAACCACCCCGUUUUCCACAAAAGCCCACCAUUUCCCAGAAGGGCGAUGUGCUCUCGAUGGAGUGCAUCCUGGAGGCCUUACCGGUGGCCGACAUUACCUGGUUCCACGGUACCGAAUCCAUUACCGAUGGCGAGCGGUUCAAAAUCUUGCGCAAAGCGAUCUCAAACGAUACCUACCUGCUAACACUCCAAAUUUCACAACCAACCGCCAACGAUGGGGGCAUCUACCGGUGCCAUGCUUUCAACCCGUUUGGGGAAAGUAACGCACACAUUACGCUUAACUUCAAAGCGAACGAAAACGAUCGAGGCUUUGCUCCGUCGUUUGUGGAGAAACCGAAGAUCAUCCCGAACAAACUGGGCACGCUGAUAACGAUGAAGUGUAGAUGUAGAUCGAAACCGAAACCGACCGUCAAGUGGAUGCGCAAAAAACAGGAAGUCAAAUCGUCCAACAGGGUUGCCCUGGAAGUGAAGACCGUCGACGAGGACACGUACGAGCUGACGUUAAACAUCAAGGACCCCAGCUCGGAGGACGGUGGCAGCUAUUCGUGUGUGAUCAGCAACGAGUUUGGCGAGAGCAGUGCGACGCUGAAUUUGAACAUCGAAUCCGAACAGGAAUCGACAAAGAAUGCUCCUAUCUUUGUCGAGAAGCCGCACAUCAUAUCGCUGGACAACGGUAAGCUGGUUCGCAUGGAAUGCAAAGUCAAAACCGACAUCAAGCCGGACAUUACGUGGACACGCGAGGGCAAAAUCAUUAAGGAAACCAGCAAGCUGAAGAUAACGAUGACGGCUGAAAAAGACGUAUACCACAUCUCCCUGGUGCUGAAAGAUCCACAGACGGAAGACUCCGGCACGUACAAGUGUAACAUUAAGAACAUUCUCGGUGAAUUAAAUGCCAAUUUAAUUCUCAACAUUGAGAUUGUUCCAGUCAUCAAGGAAAAACCGAAACUGGUGACGAACGUCAAGAAGCGAACGGCAUCGAUCGAGUGUGCGGUCGCAUCCCGCUUCAAGCCGGAGUGCAUUUGGAUGAAGGAGACGACGGUGAUCAAGGAGACGCACCGUCAUACCAUCAAGAUCGAGGAAACUCGCGAAGGCGAGUUCUCCGUCAAGCUCAACAUCACCGAUCUGAGCGAAGCUGACUUUGGUGCGUACAAACUGGUGGCGAAGAACGACAAGGGCCAGGCAACUUCACAGGUCAUCGAGAUCAAGGACAUCGUGUUCGAGAAGCCACCACCGACCAAGCCGAUCAUCGAGCCGAAACUGAAGGACGUGGAGGUGGAUGAGGGCGGCAAUCUGACGUUGGCUGUCGGCCUGGUCCAUCCGGAUCGUCACUUCAAGGUGUACUGGUAUAAGAACAAGACCAUCCUGAAGGCCAGCGAGACGGUUAUUCAGGAUUUCACCGGACGCAUGGCUAAGCUGACGGUCAAAAACUGCACCGUGGAGGAUGCCGGUACCUACAAGAUAUCGAUCAGCAACGAACUCCAGAGCGACGAGUCCGAGGCCAAGGUUAAAAUCAUAGAGAAACCGAAGCCAAAGGAAGAGGAGAAGAAGAAGAAGGUCGUGAAGAAGGAGGAGAAGGUCGAAGAAAAGAAGGUCGAGGAGAAGAAGGUGGAAAUUAAGGUCGAAGAGAAGAAGGCUGAGAUCAAGGUCGAGGAGAAGAAGGCUGAGAUUAAGGUGGAACAGAAGAAGGCCGAACUGAAAGUGGAGGAGAAGAAGGCUGAGCUUAAGGUGGAAAAGAAGGUUGAAGAGAAGAAGGCAGAGGUGAAGGUGGAAGAGAAGAAGGUAGAGGAGAAAAAGGUGGAGGAGAAGAAGGAAGUCAAGAAAAAGGUCGCUGCCAAGAAGGAGGAAAAGAUCGAAAUCAAGGUUGAGGAAGCCAAAAAGGAAGAGAAGAUCGAAAUCAAGGUUGAGGAGCCAAAGAAACCGGAAGUGCCGAAGAUCAUGGAAACCAAAGAACCCGAGACCAAGAAGGGUCUGGAAGCUCCCAGCAUCGAAAUCGUUCGUGACAAGGGUGGCAGUCGACGUGGUUCAUUCUUGGACGAUCGCCGUCCAAGUUUGUUGAUGGGUGAUGAUACGAAGCUACGACCCGGAGAGGUUAUCGACGAACGAAAGGUGAAUAUCUGGUGCGCACGAUUCGCGCCUGCUUUGAAGCUGGCUAGAGGCAGCCAUUGAAGCAUUCUGCAGUGAUCGGCAGCAGGUCAGCGGCAACAGCAUCGAGGCCAGGUUAUUCACCCAAAUGCUAACGUUAUACACAGUACACGCGAACACACUACUGAAUGGAUCAAUUGAUUGUAGGCUAUGUUCUCAGCGGGCACUUCAGC